GUUAAAAAGCCUUGACCCUGCCCCCCAGGUCGUCGGUGCGAAGGUGGUGGCGGAUGCUGAGGCAGCAGCGGCUGGGUUGGGACAGUCUGUGUGUGCACGGGGUGAGAGCCGGAGAUAAAUUGAAACUACAGUUGUUUGAGUCAGCAAAAUUGAGAGGCCUUGUUAUAACUGGAAGUCCAUUCACCAUCAAGAGUUAUUGAAAUAAAAAUGUCCAAAAAAAUCCGCGGCGGUUCUGUGGUGGAGAUGCAAGGAGAUGAAAUGACACGGAUCAUUUGGGAGUUGAUUAAAGAGAAACUCAUUCUUCCCUAUGUGGAACUGGACCUGCACAGCUAUGACCUAGGCAUAGAGAAUCGUGACGCCACCAAUGACCAGGUCACCAAGGAUGCUGCUGAAGCCAUCAAGAAGUACAAUGUUGGUGUCAAGUGUGCCACCAUCACCCCUGAUGAGAAGAGGGUUGAGGAGUUCAAGUUGAAACAAAUGUGGAAAUCGCCGAAUGGCACCAUCCGGAACAUUCUUGGUGGCACUGUCUUCAGGGAAGCCAUUAUCUGCAAAAAUAUCCCCCGACUGGUGACAGGUUGGGUAAAACCCAUCAUCAUUGGUCGUCAUGCUUAUGGAGACCAAUACAGAGCAACUGAUUUUGUUGUCCCCGGGCCUGGAAAAGUAGAGAUAACCUACACACCAAAAGAUGGAACUCAGAAGGUCACGUACAUGGUGCACAACUUCGAAGAAGGUGGCGGUGUUGCCAUGGGCAUGUACAACCAGGACAAGUCAAUUGAAGACUUUGCACACAGUUCCUUCCAAAUGGCUCUGUCCAAGGGCUGGCCUUUGUAUCUGAGCACCAAAAACACUAUUCUGAAGAAGUAUGAUGGACGUUUCAAAGACAUCUUUCAGGAGAUCUAUGACAAGCAGUACAAAUCCCAGUUUGAAGCUCAGAAGAUCUGGUAUGAGCAUAGGCUCAUUGAUGAUAUGGUGGCCCAAGCUAUGAAGUCAGAGGGAGGCUUCAUCUGGGCCUGUAAGAACUAUGACGGCGACGUGCAGUCGGACUCAGUAGCCCAAGGUUAUGGUUCCCUUGGCAUGAUGACCAGUGUGCUGAUUUGCCCAGAUGGUAAGACGGUAGAAGCCGAGGCUGCCCACGGCACCGUCACACGUCACUACCGCAUGUACCAGAAGGGACAGGAGACGUCCACCAACCCCAUUGCUUCCAUUUUUGCCUGGUCCCGGGGCUUAGCCCACAGAGCAAAACUUGACAACAACACCGAGCUCAGCUUCUUUGCAAAGGCUUUGGAAGAAGUCUGCAUUGAGACCAUCGAGGCCGGCUUUAUGACCAAGGACUUGGCUGCUUGCAUUAAAGGCUUACCCAACGUACAACGUUCUGACUACUUGAAUACAUUUGAGUUCAUGGACAAACUUGGAGAAAACUUGAAGGCCAAACUAGCCCAGGCCAAACUUUAAGGUCAAACCUGGGCUUAGCGGGGCUAGUCCUUAUGGUAACUAAGUCCACAGGUUUACUUUUUUUUUUUUUUAAAUAACACUCAAGGAUAAAAACAAAAAUCAUUUUGUAAUUUGUUUAGAAGACAGAGUUGAACUUUUCUAUAUGUUUACAGGCUUUUUCCUUUUCAUACAGUUACUGCCGCCUCAAUGGACAUGGUGGGGACUUUUUUUUAAAAAACUGUGUUUUAUUGGUUAGUAGCGGUCUAGGAAUUACGUUAGUACCUUUCACCUCAAGUGUCACUUUUUCUCUUGCUCUAAUGUAAAUGACCAAAAUCAGGAGUACUCCAAAAGGUGAUCAAUAGCUACAGUGUCCUUCCCUAUAAAGGUGAGAAAAGAAACACACUCACUUCCGCUGUUGUCUGUGAGUGUGAGCUCUGGGGGCGUUUGUGUGCAAAUGUUGCACUGUGUGUGGGAGAGCUGUACAGUGAGCUCACACAAGACUGGAACAAACAGAAUGUAUGUAGCCAAAAUGCGUGGCAGCCACAUUUAUAAAGAGCAUCUACAUGUCCGAUAUACUAAAUACAUUUUAAGGCCACUGGGGAAUUCCAACUCGAGAAUAAAUGCAGACUGGGGGUCUGCCCUCUUUGGUUUCUCCUCCUCCUCUGGCCUAGCCUAAGUAUUAUCCUACCCCAGGUAGCACAUUUCAUCCACGUGCAAUAACGGAAGCCGCACCUUUUUUUUUUUUGGAUUUCUGCUGGCCUGUCUCAUUUCUUUUAUAUAAAUGUGAUUUUUCAGAAGUUGAUGUUAAACACUAUUCCAGUCCUUCUAAACUGUUAAUUUUAAUUAAAAUUAAGUACUAAUGACCCUU